AUGCCUGACGCCGCAUUUAAUGCCUCCUCAUUGCCUCCUCAUACCUCUUCAUUGCAUCCUCACUACCUCCUCAUUGCCUCCUUAUACUUCCUCAUUGCCUCCUCACUGCCUCCUUAUACCUCCUCACUGAUUUCCCCUAGGUAUGAUUUCUCCCCAAAGUGGGAUACACGCACAUUAGAAGAAAAACUUUUGGAUGUCAAUAAAGCUGGGAUACACGAUAGCAAAAAUUAUAUCUACCCACUCUGGAAGACCUUGCUAAAUAAAUGGUUCAGUUACAAAAACUCAAAAGUUUACAUCGUCACCCCCUUCCUAGACGAACAACGCAUGCAAGACGUCUGCAGAAUAAUCUUGCAUAACGAAGCAGAUGAACAACUUACUAACUUCUAUGUCAGAGAAAAAUGCAACAAUGGUAAGUCAAUAUCAGAAUUACAAGAGACUGUUUUAGGAAAAAUAGAGUUGGACGAUAUACAUCAAAAAAGGCUAAAGAAUAUCUUCGAGAAGAUCACUGAUCCGGGAAAAUGGUUCCAUGCAAAAUUUAUGUGUUGCGUUCAGGAUAUUACAGCUGAUCUUUUCAUCACCAGUGCAAACUUCCAAGGAUCCCACUUUGACCACAAUAAUUUGGAAACUGUACAGUAUGUAACAAUGACAAAACAGAUUUUUGAGGAAAGGUUUUUAGAACCACUGACUACGCAUUACGAAACACAUUUCAAGUUUCAAUGCAUCGACUGUGAGAAAAACUACAUGAAACUAGGUAUUCUAAAAACCCACACAGAAAACAAACACAAAAAAACACUCGAGACAUAUAAAAGAAAACAAAUUAAAAAAGAGGUGCUCCCGUGCAAAACAACUAAGAAAAUACCUAGAUGUAACUUAAUUCCUGGACAAAAAGAACGGCUCAAGCAACAGUCCAAUAAAAAAACUGAGAUAACAACAGACGGCAAUGAGAUGAUCAAUCCUUCUCCACUUUCUAGACCGACCACACCUACAAACACUGGUGAUGAAAUCUUGUACGCCACUAGGUUUGAAGACGACCAAGAGUCUGGACCAAGCAUAGUCAAAUCAGAGAGCACAGAAAUACUCUGCUUAGACGAGAACAAUGAAACAGUUAUCAUCAUGACUCAACAAAUGUCAGAAGCAGCUGACAGACCUCUAUGGCCCGAACAGGGGAUGGAAUGCCCUGUACCCCACUGCUCAGCAGGGACGUUUUUCAAGCGCUAUGAUAGGUUUAGUGAACAUUGGGCAAGGGUGCAUCUGCCAGUUGUAAACAUAUUUAAAUGUCUGAAAUGUAGCACUGUGGUCUACUGCUGGAAUGAGGCUCGGCAGCACACUAAACGUAAUGGUUCACAACACUUGUGUGAGGUUUCACGAAUUGCAAACCCGGAGUACAUUUGCCCGGCAGGAGUCAGCAAACCACGCUUCCCAUCACAACAAGAAAGGAAAGAAAAUGAAAGGGAAAAACAGCGCAGGAAGGAGGAAGCCAGUCAGGCUAGGAGAAAUUUUCAGCGUGUAGAACUUUAUGGACUGAAUUCAAUGUCUCCUGUGGAACUGGAUUACUAUUAUGAUAUUAGCCAGUGGUAGAUCCAAGUGUUAUAUUGCAUUCAUUUAUAGUGCUACAGUUAUAUGUGUUUUUUUUUUGGAACACUAUUUAGUCAAUUAUUUUUGGAUUUAUUUUCAUAUUGAAAUUUCUAUCCUUUAAUUAUAUAAAAUUGUUACUUACAGAAUCUAUAGAUAUUACUUACUACUUUAUGAUUUAAGAGUUAAUUGUUAAGUCAGUAGGUUUUGAAGUACUUUAUAAUUUAAUUUUUAGGACUACUUGUUCUUUACAUUUUUUGGUUUUGAUUAUGAUAAAGUAACUGUUUAACUUAAGACUUAAGUCAGCAUUAAAUAUAGAUCUACUUUGAUUCCUUAUUCACAUAGAUUUUUCAUUAUGUAUUAAAAUAUUUUUCAAUAUUUUAAUUUAUUUAAGGAGAAAGGAAUGUAACAGGUCAGACUUAUACUUAAAAUAUUUUCUAUAGCUAUUCUUGUUUCACUUGUUGUUGUAAUUCAUGGGCGCCACCAUAUUGUCUUCUCCGCCGAAAGUAUUUUACUACGUAUCAUUUCAUUGGUUUAUAAUAUUGUUUCGAGUAUUUUCAUUGGGUUAUUUUAGGUCCAAUUAUUAAUUGUUUAUAUCUGUCCUGUGACUAUGCGCGGGAAAUUCCAUUUAUAUACCUGUGCAUAGCAUUUUGUUAGUUAGAUAGGCUGUGCCGGGCAAUCGGUACAUCACCGAAGCCUAAGCGCUUCAUUUAUUUAA